CAGGCAGCAGUCAGUGAGUCGUGAAUCAAGCAGCAGCAGCUCUAUAUGCACGGUCUUCCUAGGCACAGAACUCUCAUCUUCGUGAUUCGGAAUACGGGACGCCUGCACUGGUACGGUACUCUUCACCCGGCUACCGCUCGCUCCGUCUCCCUACGGCUUUCCUGCAACAAGUACAGAUCGCAAAACAACCUUUCAACAUUACGACACCGAACGAGGCAACUUCAGCUUCAAGCUAAUGUUCCUGCCCACUUGUUGCAGCUCAACACCAUCGCGGUUUGAGAAGUCCAAGUCGACUAUCUAGGCUCCUGGUCCCAGCCCUAUUGGUCAGGGUGCGAUAUCUGGAGACUCUCUCAGCUCAUCAAGAUGUCCCGACCUGUAUCAAGCCUACUCUGACGGGACUGUGGAUCAAUCUUCAACGAAAUUCGGAUUCUUUAAACUAGCAACGAAGUCUAGGAGCGAUCGAGCUUCCUGCCGAGUGUGAGC